AUGAUUUGGGGAAGGCUAGGCCGGUACAAUCUGCUGGCCGGUGUGGCCUUUCUCGCCUUUCUGUCCAUUUUGAUGACCAUCUUUGUCUUCCGACUAUACUCUGACGAAGGCGGAACCACCAUCUUCGCACCCCCAGGCGACACAGGCUACGCCGACAGCGGUAGCACCGACAGCCCUCCCACCCACGAUGGCGCUCCCCCGAUGAAGCACCGGAUAGACUGGCUGAUCCAUGACGCCGAGCGAGAAUGGGAGCGUCUGCUCCUGCAGCGGUCGCACCGACUCGAAGACGCCGCCAGACAAUAUCGCAAGCGACGAGCCCGCCAUCCCCCGCCGGGUUUUGACAAAUGGUUCGCGUUCGCGCAGGAAAAGAAUGCCACCAUCAUCGAGGACCUGUUCGACCAGAUAUAUACUGAUAUCAGCCCGUACUGGGCCAUCAAACCACAGGAAAUGCGCCGCAGAGCCGCCGGGUGGGAACCCCGGAUCAUCCUACGCAACCACACACUGAAUGGAGUCGGCACCACCGGGCCUGGAUGGAUGGACGGCUGGUCGAAUCUGAUAUCGACUAUCGCGCAGUUUCUGCCAGAUAUGGACAUCCCCGUGAAUGGGAUGGAUGAACCCCGUCUGAUCAUCCCAUGGGAAAACCUCACCGAGUCCAUCGCCCAAGACCGCGCAAACCAACUCUUCAUCCCCUCCGAAGCCGCCAUUGACGAAUAUAUGACCCUUCCUCCCUUCGACCCCGAGCACCCCCCAGAAAGUGCCAUGCCUCCAUUCCUAGGCGCGGACCACGCCUUCUGGGAGAUCAUGCGCCAUGCCUGCCCCCCCGAAAGCCCCGGACGGACGAGCAACAUCCCUAAGCUGGACUUCGAACACCCACCCCCCGAAUUCUACCACUACCGCAACUUCUCGAGCACUGGCUACGUCGAGGACUUUGAACGGUCGAAGGACCCCUGCUGGCGCGCAGAAUUCCAAGCCCUGCACGGUUCCUUCAUCGAACCGGUCUCCACCUCUACCUCGCACGAACUCGUCCCACUCUUCGGCGGCUCAAAGCUCACAGUCAACAACGAGAUCCUCAUACCCCCAGUAAUGUACUGGGCGGACAACCCGCUAUUCUCCGGCGGAGCAGACCAUGGCGGGCCCUGGGCAGAGAAAAGAGACGGCGUAGUAUGGCGCGGAAUCGCCAGCGGGGGGCGCAAUCGCCUGGACACUUGGACAGGAUACCAGCGACACCGACUACUCUCCAUGCUAAACGGGACUCAAGUAGCACAGACGGCCGGAUCUUCUUCACACGGUGUCAACUUCCGGCAGCCAAACUACGAGUACUACAACGUCUGGGCCGGUCUCGAUAACGCCUUACCACAAUGGCUCGACGAACAUGUCGACGCAGGCUUCCUCGACCUCGCCUGCGGGCCCGACACACCACACGAUGGACCUCACUGCCCAUACUCAGAUCCGUACUACACACUCGCCAGCCCAAUGCCCAUGAACGAGAUGUUCAACUACAAAUACCUCCCCGACGUCGACGGGAACUCAUUCAGCGGGCGAUACCGGGGCUUCCUCCUUUCCACGUCCUUGCCCAUCAAGGCCACCGUGUACAAGGAGUGGCACGAUACGCGCCUCAUUCCGUGGGCGCAUUUUGUGCCGAUGGACUCGCUGUAUAUGGACCUGUACGGGAUACUCAGCUACUUCAUCGGGUAUGGCGAGCACGAAGGGCAUGACGCACAGGCGGAGAAGAUCGCGAUGAAUGGGAAGAAAUGGGCCGAAGCAGUACUGCGGCCGGAGGAUAUGCAGGUCUAUAUGUUGAGGCUGCUGCUGGAGUAUGCGCGGUUGAGCGAUGAUAGACGGGAUCAACUUGCCUAUGUGGGUGAUAUGGGCGAGACAUGA